UUCUCGUGUCAUCCAUGUACCCAAACACUUCUUUUUCCCACUACUAGGCCCGUAAAAUGACUAGGGUUUAGGGUUUGGUAAUUUAAUCCGUUACGCUUAAAGAGCUCAGCUGACGGUGAGUAAUAAGUGACGAAAUUGGACCCCAGAAAGACAAGAAAGAGAGCGAAAGCGAGCUCCAAGUAGUAGUUUCGUGGUUGGAAUUCGUAUGGUUUGGCGGGAAUUUGGGGAUUGGAGUCUCUGUAAUGUGGCGAAUAGCGAGAUUUAGCUUAAGAAGUAAAACCCGUUGGUACUCCUCUGCGGCUCGACGCAAUCUCGAAGACGAAGGGGACUGGUUUUACUCUUCCGAAUGGUGGGGAACGGAUUCCGAUGGGCAUGCUAUUCUUCGAUCAACUUCCGACAAAGGAAACGGCGUUGUAUCUGUUGUUGCAUAUCCUUCUUCGAGACCGGGUGCAGUUCAUUGGCCAUCAAUGGAGAAAUGGCUUCAGAAAAGGUAUGCAAUGAUGCAUCCAGAUGAACACAACGAGCAGUUUAGGAUACUGGGUUAUCAAUGGCGUGUACUUCGCUUUAAUGACAUUACUCGCCAAAGUACAGUUAAGUUAAUGGCUACAUAUAGGAACUCUGACCCUGGCACUGUAUAUUUUAUGCAGCAGGCAARUUGCUUGGCCGUUCCAUAUCUGAAAAGCAUGAUUUCGGUUGGAUUGGCCACCUUAUUGUCUUGCCAUUAUGAUAUCACCAGUGCAGUUCAAGGCAAAAAAAAUAUGAAUAUUCUAUGCAUUGGUCAUGGUGGUGGAAGUCUACCUCUAUUUUUAGCUACUAAAAUCCAAGGUGCAACUGUCCAUAUUGUCGAAAUUGAUCCCCUUGUUAUCUCAGCUUCAAUACAAGCAAUGGGUUUCCCAGCAUUUGCAGUGGUGAAGCCAUCCGGUGAACGUGCACUCCUGGAACCUAAUCCUAUAGAUGAAGUAUUGUGGAAAGGAAUCCACGAGAGGCUCUUCCUCUACGAGGCAGAUGCAGAGAAGUUCAUCCAGAACACAAGUAACAUUUAUGAUCUAGUCUUUAUUGAUGCUUAUGAUGGCGAUGACAUCUUUCCCCACAAGCUUUGGGACCCAAAAGGCCCAUUUCUUGACUCUCUUAGGGACAGGCUUCAUCCUGAGCAUGGUACUGUCGUGGUGAACCUUCACUCGGAUUCUGAUAUCUUGAGCUCUGAUGGUUGUGUUCCUUUCAUUUUCGACCAAAUAUUACCCAUGGGAAAGUAUGUCUCACGAGUCUGCAGGGCAUACAAGGAUGUAUUGGCUGGGAAUGAAAGUAAUCAUGGUGGGAAGGAGGGCUCGGGCUUGGGUUUCAUUGUUUCUGUUCCUUGGCUCUGCAACUCGUCACUUGUCGUAUGCAGAGGUUUUGGGGUGGGUGGCAUGACUCCAGACAGGGAUUCGGUUUACAAAACUCUCCUAUCCAAAUCUCUUGAAGUUGAAAAUGUUCUCAACUUGCCAUUCUCAUGUGUUCAAUACAUAAAGAGAGGAUUGGUCUUGGUUGAUUAAGCCUUACAAACUUCAAAUGUGCAUCCAUGUACACACACAACAUCAACAUAGGUACACAUGUUUUUCAAAACCGGAUCGGACUGGAUGGUCGGACUGGAAAAAUUGGGAACCGGUCAGACGACUGGUUCUGUUUUUCACCAAAAUCAGAUUUUUUUCCAAAAAAUGUUGCUUUGGUUAACAAACUGCUGACUUGGGCGGUUAAAUCGUUCAACUCGGGAAUCAGACCUUGACCGAUUUGAGCAAUGUUCAAAAUAUCGGUAUUAUGUAUUGUAUUGCUUAGUUUA